AAUGCGGUCUGUUUGACAUCAACGAGAUGAGACGAUAGAAUGAUGGACGUCGCGGUUGCGCCAGAAGUUUUGACGACAGAUUCAAAUUGUUGAUCUCAAAAAUGGCGACUCCAGUUUUCUACCUCCUCGCCGUUUUGGUGCUCGGCUUUUUCUUCCACGUCCACGGAGCUGACAAGCAAAAGCGACAAAUCUUCAGGGAGCAGGUGCUGCCUUCCAAAGGCGGGAAAAUCCCCGAAGAAGCCUUUCGCGCUGAUCGAUUAGCCCUCAAUCGCCUGAACAAAGAAGGAAUCACGAUCCCUGAUGGCGUCGUUCUCGACGCUCGUCAUGUCCACAAACACUUCAAUCCCUCGGGAGCGAUGCCGGAAGUCCUGAAGGUCUACCUGACCCCAGAUGGGCGAUACGUGCCUCCGGAAGGUCGCUAUCGCUACGAGCAUCCGAUGACAGUCGACACGACGUACGUGGUUCGACGUCCGACCGAAAGCCAGACGGAAGGGAAAUUUGGCAGCGGUUAUCGAGGCUCGUUGAAUGCACUUUCGAGUCCCUCGGGUCGUCCCAGUUGCAUCAGACCCAACGGACCACGCGUUUUUAAGCCCAUCCAUGCACCUCUGGUCAUCCCUUCGAGGAGCGAGUUCGAGCACAAGACGUAUUUUCCAAAUGGCCAAAUCUGGGGCCCAGAAUAUAGCUGGGAAGUGAUUUACGAUCCGUUUGACGAGUACUUCGUCAACGAUAUUCCCUACUUCGAUUCUCAUCAGAUUAUUACAAACUACGAGGGAUUUUUGAACGAUUAUCACGAUAGAUCUUUCCGUCGGACGUCCGGAAUUAGGACGGUUAAAAGAGCAGCUUCUACUUCCGGUUCCAAAUCCGUUUCACACUCGCCGGAAACGGAAUUGCCCGGAUACACAGGCCUGAAGAGGAUACCGAAAACGAAAUUUAGAUGCGGAGAAAAACGAGGAAUGAUUCCUGACCCUGAAACAAAGUGUCAAGUAUUUCACCUGUGUCGCGAAAAUGGAAUAAGCUCAUUUCUCUGCGCAGCUGGAACGGCAUUCAGCGUGACUAAACAGAGGUGCGAAUGGUGGGAUACCGUGACUUGCAACUCUGGAAUAAGGAUUUCAGAAUUCAGUCGUGCGAAAACAUUGCAAAGUUAUUUAUACGAAUAUACUUUUAAGAUCAGUCAAUACAGUGAGAAAUUUGCAUCGCCCAAUGAAAUAACGGUGAUCUAUAACUCCGACAUAGUAAAAGCUAUUCACGGUCCUGGCGCUGCACGUUUUGGUAAUCAGUAG